CAUCCACACAGCCCAGGAGGGGUUUCCAGAUUUUCACCAGCUGAGAGAGCUUGGGACACUCAGGGGCUCAGGAACAGCAGCCAUCCCAGUGACUAAGAAGGAAAGCAAACCAAGAAGCAGCCUGAACUCCCAUUGCUCCCUGUGGCAGCAUCCCAAACAGUGUCAGCCGGAUGCUGAGCAGGCAGCGCACGAUUGGAUCACUUUCCUGCUUUCCUCUGAGUAACCUCUGCCCUGUGCCAUGGAACUCUGACCUGACAUCCUCAUCAUCCAGAAACAUCAGAGAGCUGGAGCACAGCACAAGCUGGAGUCAGCUCUGGAGAGACCAUCUCGUGAGCAGCACAGGAGCUCAGCCUGCAGACUCAAGACGCUUCCACCAUGACAGCAGUGGGUGUUUUUGUGCUCCUCUCCUUGGCGCUUUGCUGCAUCCCAGAUGCUGCCUUUGGGAUUGAGGUGGACUGCAGUACAUAUCCCAACACUACAAAUGAGGAAGGCAAAGAGGUGUUGGUGUGCAGCGAGGCCGUCAACCCCAUCUGCGGUUCCGAUGGAGUCACCUACGGCAAUGAGUGCCUGCUCUGUGCCUACAACAUAGAAUAUGGAACAAAUGUCAGCAAAGACCAUGAUGGAGAAUGCAAGGAAGUUGUCCCUGUGGACUGCAGCAGGUACCCCAACACAACGAGUGAGGAAGGCAAAGCCGUGGUGCUCUGCAACAAAGACCUCAACCCCAUCUGUGGUACCGACUGGGUCACCUACGACAAUGAGUGCCUGCUGUGUGCCCGUAACCUAGAGGCUGGAACCAAUGUUGGCAAGAAGAAUGACGGUGAAUGUAAGAAGGAAAUUAUCACAGUUGACUGCAGUGAAUACCCUAAACCUGCCUGCUCACUUGACUACAUGCCUCUCUGUGGCUCGGACAACACAACAUACAGCAAUAAGUGUAACUUCUGCAACGCAGUCGCGGACAGCAAUGGGACUAUCACUUUAAGCCAUUUUGGAAAAUGCUGAGUAUCAGUGCUGAGAGAAUUUACCACAGGAUCCCCACUGGCAAAU